GAAUUACCCAUAAGCGCCGGCACAAACUAACAACUCAAAAUUAAACAGCCUUCACCGGCGCAUCUUCGAAAAGCCCAAGCAGUUUCCGUACCACGUGAAGCUUGCUGGAACCCCCUCGUCGCUGGGUCUGCGGGAUCUCCACGUGACUGGAGCAUGGCUCAACGGGCGAGCGCUUGUGCGUCCACAAUGCCAGAGCCUCAGUACCCUUUCUGGCUCGGAGGUCUUGCCGCAUCAGCUGCAGCAAGCUUUACGCAUCCGCUGGACCUUACCAAAGUGCGAAUGCAAAUCAUGCCGCUCUUACCGUCAGGAAGGAGGCCAACUAUGUUCUCUACGAUCCGGUGGACAGUACGAAAGUUUGGGUGGGCUAGUACAUACACAGGGAUAUCCGCAUGCUUAAUGCGGCAAAUGACCUAUUCCCUCAUUCGCAUCGGUUCCUAUGAGACUAUAAAGCGCCGCAUUACACAAGGCCAAGAUCCCAAAAACCCGACCCGUCUAAUCCUUUCUGCGGCAGUUGCAGGGGCUCUGGGAGGCAUUGCUGGGAAUCCGGCUGAUAUUGUUCUAGUUAGAAUGACGACUGAUUCUUUAAGGAAACCGGAGAAUCAGUAUCGGUACCGGCAUGGCUUCGAUGGUCUGAUGCGCCUCGUCAGGGAGGAAAGAAUUAUCGGGCUCACUCGUGGAUUGGGACCCAACACUAUCAGAGCAAUUCUCAUGAAUAGCUCCCAAUUAGCAUCUUACGACUAUAUCAAAGCACUGAUAAUUCGCAGACAUGGACUGAAAGAUGGCAUUGGUCUCCACAUAAUAUCUAGCACAUUCGCAGGGGCAGUUGCAACUACUGUCUCCUCCCCAGUUGAUGUGAUCAGGUCCCGCAUAAUGAGCAAAUCUGAUCCUCGUCCUUUCUUGGAAGUCUUGCGCAAAAUGCUAAGACAAGAUGGUGUACGCUCUCUAUUUAAAGGGUGGACUCCGGCCUUUGUCCGGCUAGCACCCAACACGGUGCUCAUGUUCGUCUUCCUAGAGCAAUUAAAAAGGAUGUGGACAGUGCGCAUAUAGAACUGAUGCUGGCCUGCGAUAUCGACAACCAAUAGAUUACAGCUGAACAUAUCACAACUUCACAACUGCCAUUCCAUCAUGACCUUAACUUAUCCCUUUAUGCUGUAUCUGGGACAGACAGUCUUGCUUUAAUUGAUACCUAAAUACUUUGUGGUGUUGAGAGCUACAGCUGUCAUGACGCUGUCAGCGGCUUGCAACGUUCGUAUAUAAUGGUCGUAAAAUUUGAUCGAGGAACCGGGAGAACAGCCAUCAUUUCCGCGGACACAAAGUACUU